GCACAGAAGGCCAUUUCGCACCCUUCUCCUUCUCCUUUCUUCCUUUUGUCUUCUUCCUACUUCUUCUACCUUUGGUGUUGGUGUUGUUGUUAUGGUUGAUGCUGUAGCUCCAGGUCACACCCAGAUUUGCACGCACAUCGCGACGCUGACGGUAUGAGAUACAAAACCUGCGAGACGCGCGUUGUUGUGGAUGCAUGUGGGUCGUGGGGUUCGGUGGACAGUGGACGUAGCGUCGCGAGGACUGGGCUGGGUUUUGGAAAGAUUUCGUGGGAUUGGGGGCGUUUUUCGGGUUGAGGCAGGGCGCGGGGCGCUGGAGCGGGAGGAGGAGUAGACGCGGAGCGGGAUCACCGGAUGAGUAGCGGGGACGAUGAUGCGCGCGUGAGGGAGUUGAGACGGGGUCAUUCGGCGCAGAGUUCGCGGGAGCGAUUUCAUCAGGAGCAGGGGCAGGUGCUGCAGCAGCCGCCGCCGCAGCAGCGCCGUAGUGUGUUAGCCAUGCCUUUAGCGCAAUACUCCCGCCCGUCUUCCUUUAGUGGGAGUGGUGGUGGUGGAAGUGGUCCUUCGGGAUCCUUAUUUGGGAGGGCUGGGAGCACGAAGCAGCAGAGUACGGUGCAGAAUCCCAGCCAGCCAUGUGUCUCCAUCGAUCUUCGCGGGAAUAUUACUAGCUGGAACCGAGCCGCAGAGCAGUUGUAUCAAUUCAAGGAGGGGGAGGUUAUGGGUAGAAAUUUGGUGGAUUUAAUAGUCCCUCCGAACGCGAAGACAGCUGCCUUAGAUACAAUUAUGCGUGUGGGACAAGGGGAAGUGUGGAUAGGUCAAUUCUCAUGUGUUCGCAGAGAUAAUGCGAUUUUGAACACGGUGGUGACACAGAAGCCUAUCCUGGACGACGACCAAAAAAUCAGUGGAAUUUCAGUUUGUACAGAGCCAUAUAGUAUGCCUGAACUUAUGGCCCGGAACUAUUUUGAUGAAGGAACUGGGAAGAUAACGGACGAAAAUAAUGUUGGGGACGCAGUUCACUUACCAAAUAAGAGUGCUUUACAUCAUCCCAGCGAUGGUGACGCACCUGGGAAGAACCUUCUGAAAUUGGGGCGUAGUUCGGUGGAACAACUCUUGCGGAAACUACACAUUGGCGCCGGAAUGAGGCGGGAGGAAGAGGACGCAGGUCCUAGAUGGCCUCCUGAAAGGCAAAAUUCGUGGGAGUCCGAAGAUCCUAAUGAUUUUCUUCAGGAGCGAGAACGUAUGUCGCAUGGUUCUGUUGCGGGUAGGAUGCACAACGAUUUAUAUAGAACCGGUGAUUUAAGUAACGUCGACGGUUUUGCACUACCUCUAGUUGCGGUCGGUCAUGGUGGGGGACCUUACAUUAUGGGAGGUGAGGGGGAACACGAGGAAUUCGGAGGUUUUCAGGUGCUUUCUCGGACAUCCAGUGGAAGUGCAGCAAAUUCUGUAUCAGGGAGCCCUAACAUCGCUUCCGUACAGGGAAGCUCGGCCGAAAGCACCGCAUGGAAUGCAUGGAUUGGGCCUUCAGGAGGAGUGAAUUUUCAGCAAGCUGAGGAGGAUUUCCAGCUUCAGUUGGCCCUAGCAUUGCGAGUUGCAGCGGAGGCCGCUGCAGUUGAUGACCCAGACUUAUCUGCAAACAAAAGGGGUCCAUUGGGGAGCGCGCGGCUAGUGCCAGGUGUUAGCCGUGUAGAAUCCACAGCUUACCGGUAUUGGGUUAGCAACUGCUUAGGUUAUGAAGAUCGUAUCGAGGAUGGCUUUUAUGAGAUUUGGGGCAUGAGCCCCUACGUAUGGUCCAUGUGCACAGAUUCCAAUGAACUUGGGCGCAUGCCUCCAUUGGAGUCGCUUAGGAGUGUCAACCCUGCAGAGGCAGAGUUCGAGGUUGUCCUCGUAGACAGAAAUGGAGAUCCACACCUUCGGGAGCUUGAGGACAAGGCUGUGUCACUUGCAUAUGAAUCCCAAGAAGUUCUGGAUCUAGCAGCCAAGUUGGCUCAGAUGGUGGCAAUUCAAAUGGGUGGUUCUGCAGUUUCGGAUGAGGCUUUAGCUGAGACAUGGCGAACUAAUACCUCCAAAAUGACCCUACUGCUUGGAAGUCUAGUGCUUCCCAUUGGAAUGCUGAAAUGUGGCUUGGGGAGACAUAGAGCACUGCUGUUCAAGGUGAUGGCAGAUAGUGUCGGACUGCCAUGUCGUCUGGUUCGUGGAUCUUCGUACUGUGGCAAAGAGGACGAUGCAAUGGUGGUUGUUAAAUGUGGAGAUGAUAGGGAAUGGAUGGUCGAUCUUCUAGUCAAGCCUGGGCAGAUACUGGCUCCUGACUCACGACUAGCUGCUCCACCUGCCGUCAUUGCUUCACCCUUGCAGUUUGAGAGGCAAGGUCCUUUUGGUGGGAGCAGUGUUUCAGUACUUCAUUACUCACGUUCUGAAGUGGGAAAUAAAGAAGCAGGAAGUGGGCUAAAAGUUGGAGGUGCUUCUGAUGCAACCUUGAGUGUGCCCAGCACCACAGCUGUGCCUACAGUUCCUAUUAAGAUUGACAUCGAUCAGGGUUCCCUGAGUUCCCCACGUGGACCUUCUCAGAACAUGGGUCCGAGGAGAGGAGGCAUUCCUUCACCUAGAGGAAACGUUGCUCCUCAACCUUUCGAUUUUACUCCCUUACAAUUCGACCAACGGACUAGUGUAGCACAGAUAGCUAGAGAACGAGAAAUGGAAAAGGAGAACAGCUCACCAAUGGAAAAUCAUCUUAGAGGUGGCCAGUACGAUGGCUCUCAAAGUUCACAGCCUAGUCAGAACCAAGAUGCAGGACGGACAAGGCAUUCUGAGGUGGGUUCUGGACAGUCCGAUGAUGUCGCUGGGCGUGUCCAUCCACCAGAAAGGGGAGCUUCAAGUAGUCAGGAAGAGGAAUCAUCAAGCAAGUACUCCAGAGACAGAUUGGUUGAAAAUGCAAUAGAAUUUGCGAGGGAGUUUGAGAUUCCAUGGGAGGACCUCAUAAUCGGUGAACGUAUAGGACAAGGUUCUUAUGGUAAAGUGUAUCGGGCUGAUUGGCAAGGCUCGGAUGUCGCUGUGAAGGUUUUCCUAGAUCAGGACUUAAAGGUGGAGGCAUUGGAAGAGUUCAAGAGAGAGGUGGCCAUCAUGAGGCGACUGAGGCAUCCUAACGUUGUUCUCUUUAUGGGAGCAGUCACAGUACCUCCCAAUUUAUCGAUCAUCACAGAAUUUUGUCCAAGAGGGAGUCUGUACAGGCUGCUACAUAGACCCAAUCGAGAGCUUGAUGAGCGUCGACGUCUUCGCAUGGCCUUGGAUGUGGUCAAAGGAAUGAACUAUCUACAUCGUUCCUCACCACCAAUUGUACAUAGGGACCUCAAAUCACCCAAUCUAUUGGUUGAUAAGAAUUGGACUGUGAAGGUUUGUGAUUUCGGACUGUCUCGGUUGAAGCACAAUACAUUUUUAACAUCAAAGUCAAGCGCUGGAACGCCGGAGUGGAUGGCACCAGAAGUGCUUCGAAAUGAGCUCUCGGAUGAAAAGUCGGAUGUGUACAGUUUUGGGGUCAUCCUAUGGGAACUUGCUACCCUCCAGCAACCUUGGGCAGGAAUGAAUCCUAUUCAGGUUGUGGGAGCUGUUGGAUUUCAGCACAGAAGGCUUCCAAUACCCGAGAGCAUUGAUUCAAAUGUCUCCAAUAUCAUCAAAGCAUGCUGGCGCAUGGAUCCAAGAUCGAGGCCCACUUUCUCGGACAUUAUGCAGGAAUUAAAGCCUUUGACACGACCUGCGAUGUCUCAGCUGGGUGGCACGCCAAAAUCUGGACUGAGUGAUCGAGACCUAUAAGCAGUUGUAAAUGGCACAAAACAUGGGUUAUUGUGGACAUUUUGCCGAGUCAAGUGUAUAGACUGAAGCUUCAAUCCCAUCUUAAGAGUAGUCUGUGUAUAGGAUGUAAGAGUCCUAUACAGAGCGUAGCAAUACAGGGUGGUUAUCUUGUCUCUAAUGAAGGCAAACUAGAGGCUAAUGCCUUAAAUGUUUGUAUAAUAAGCAAAUUACAAUACUCAGAAAGCCAGAUGUUGGUUUGCUAUUGUUUUCAGUCAAUGCGUAGUUGUAUUGUGAGGCCAUUGUGUCCAGUUUUCUACUGUACGAUGCAACACACAGACUGAUUCAUUGUUGCGUUC